GCUUCUAGAACUGCACAAUGAAUCCGAAGGACGAGGUUGUUCUUGCUCUAACCAACGACCUUGAUUCUCCCGAAACCGGUGCUGGAUAUUUCACUCCGUCCACUCGACGUUUCGCGCUUAUUGGCCACUUUUUCUUCCGCACUGCUGCUAUCUUGAUUUACUUCUUCUGCACUUGGUUCACUUAUUCCUUUGUCGUACCCUUUGUAUUAGUGCUUAUCAGCCUUUCUUUUGAUUUUUGGUUCGUUAAGAAUAUCUCGGGGCGAGUUUUAGUCGGAUUACGUUGGUCAAGCUACACAGACGAGGAAGGCCAAACAAGGUGGCGCUUUGAUAGUCGUCCACCGCCGUCGGAACCUGUGGAUGGCGUCUCUCUCACAAGACGAGAGUUGGCUUCUCGAUCUUCACAAGCGAACGAUGCCCGGUUAUUUUGGACGUCUUUAGUAGCCACUCCAGUGAUUUGGGGUGUGUUCUUGCUAGCCGCCAUCUUCUCGCUUCAUUUCCGAUGGGCACUGGUGUCUGGCAUAUCACUGGACCAACAUGACACGUCAUCUUCUCACUGA